UCAGCACUAAUCAUCUGUCAUUGUUUGUCAAUUGGAAAACUAUUAAAGAAAAAAGCAAUCAACUUGAAAGGAUAAAGAAAGAUCGUAUAGAGAGUUCAUAAAUUGAUAUUUUCCCAUCUUAAAAAGCAACUUUGAGCAUUUCUAUAACCCCGCCAGUGUUUGCAAUCGAAAGAAUUUCAGUUGGCAUUGAGUUAAAUGUCAGUCAACUGUCAGGCUGUAUUUGACUUGGUAAAUCCCAGCUAGGCAGUCAACACACACAACAGACACAUUCGUACACACACACGUUUUACGUAAAAAACAAAAACAAAAAAAAUUCAGAAGAAAAAUCGAAAAAAAAAAAAAAAAAAAAAACAAUAAACAUUAAACAAUAAAGAAACGGGGAAGAAAUCAUAAUUAGCAACAAGCUAAUCACUAGAAGAAGCCUACGAAGAACGGAUCAUUCUUUUUUUGUCAACGUACUAAAGAGACCAGAGGCCUUACGAUAUACCCAGAUUUCUCUUUUGGGAUCGCACAGAGACAAAGAAAGAUCAAGAAAAAGAAGAAGAAGAAAAAACAAACCCAAAACCGGAUUAAGUAUACCAAAUUCAUAGGUUCAAAGUUCAAGUCAAGCCAAAAGGACCGAAAGAGUGGACACCGCAAUACAGCCAAGGGCCAAAGAGGCCAAAAGGCUGCAACAGGGCCAACAGGUUUAGGCCACAUCGACAACUGCUUCCAAUCCGAUUUCUUUUCCACUUUUGAUAGUUUUAUAGUCAGUUCUAACCUAUAACUUUUAGUAUGGUCAUCAAUCUGAAUCCAGCAACUACUGCGGAUGCCAAUGCCACCGGCAAUAUUGACAGCUCUGGCAACUUCUUUAGCGGAAACGGAAACGGAGGCGGAAACGGAAACGGAAAUGGCAGCGGCAACUUCAACGGAAUUGGCGGCAACACCAACACCACCACCACCAGCAAUCUAAUGGGCAUUAUCAGUCAUGUACUAUUCGAAGGGAACGUCUAUUUGCAUGUAGUAUAUGCCGGUGAAAUGAAUGCCAAAUGGAUAACCCUAUCGGAGGGUAUGGCCUAUUGUCCAACUGGCGUGGUUGCCUACAUCAAACUGCAGCUAGCCGAGAUAUACGGUGUACCGAUAGAUCUUUUUUUUUAAAACAAAACUGAUGAUCAGGACAAUCCGGAAAUCUUGUGCUUUUGUUGUUGUGUCUGUGUGUGUGUGUGUGUGUGUGGGAAGGUAUAUUCCCUCCUUCCCUACCUCUACGAUGGAUAAUAUGGACUCGAAUCUGUGGCACAAUCGGCAAAUUGAACUUUGACACCGUUUGGCUAAAUCAAGAAAAUCGGUAUUCGGUUAAUUGUUGCAGUGCUCGCUCGCUCUAUAAUCAAAAAACCCAAAUUUCAAAUUCUGGCGUUUAAUGCAAGUUUUUCGAAAGCCGACAUUUAUGCAGAAUAGUUAGUAUAUAGAAUAAGAAUGACAACAUCAAGAACAGCCGAUGAGGCAUACCCGAAAGAUAUGGAUUUAUGUUCGGUUGGAUAUGUAAAAAAAUUAAACUGAUUGAAGUUACUUCCCAGAGGGACGACGUAUACUUUGAUCACGGCUGGAGGCUAAUUCGUAGGAAUCUUAAAAUAAUCCAUAAAAAUCCCGAAUAAAUAUUGUCCAAAACUUGAAAUUAAAAGGUUUUAUUUUGGGAAUAUGGAUAUGUAAAGAAAUUAAACUGAGGGACGACGUAUACUUUGAUCACGGCUGGAGGCUAAUUCGUAGGAAUCUUAAAAUAAUCCAUAAAAAUCUCGAAUAAAUAUUGUCCAAAACUUGAAAUUAAAAGGUUUUAUUUUGAGAAUUGAAAAUAUUAGGUUAUGGCUUUAGCUAUGAUACCUCUAACUUCUUAAAGAAGUGCAUCAAAAAGAAUUAAAACCAAAAACUAGCUGACUCUCUAAUAAAAAGCGCCAUCUAUCGCUAAAGAACUUACAGAACUGCUAUCCAUCCAUUUCUAUCCUAUAAUUCCCAACUUGUUCUAUCAUUUUCUUUACAAGGCAACGUCCAGUUUCAUACAAAACUCAACCAACAGAAUUUUCUCUGUUUCGAUUGGUUUGUUUUGGAUACAUUGAACUCCUAAACCCUCAUCUUCUAUACGGUCCACUUUCUGGUAGUUAAUUAAUACGGAGGAUGAUGAUAGUAACUAUAGUAGUUACUAUUCUUCAUUCAUCCGUUUUAAUUAAUAACUAGACAGUGUUUCUGUAAAGAAGGAGAGCGCUUGGGAGUUAAGUAUAUCCAGUACACAGCUGAUGCAGAAACCCAAAGGAGGCAAAGGCCCUGAAGAUCGUAGUUCUCAGGGAUGA